UAGCAGACAGCGCUGCCUACAAGGGUUAGGGGGACGCCUUCGCCUUGCUUUCAUUGCUGGACUUCCUCGACAGCGUGCACGCAAGACCGAUCUGCCAGUGGCCUCCUGUGCUAAUAAUUUGAUCGACGUAGACCUGGGCGUAUCUUACGACCGACGCCGCCGUCCCAAGUCCAAUCGAAGCCCAGCCAGCAUGUCGCGCUCGGCCUUUGACCGUUACCUCACCGUCUUCUCGCCCGAUGGCCGCCUUUACCAGGUCGAAUAUGCAUUCAAGGCCAUCACCUCCGCCGGACUCACCUCCAUUGCUGUCAAGGGAAAGGACUGUGCUGUCGUCUGCGGUCAACGAAAAGUUCCGGAUAAACUCUUCGACGCAUCGACCAUCACGCACAUCUUCUCCAUCACCUCGGAGAUCGGCUGCAUCAUGACGGGGCGAACCGCCGAUGCGCGCUCGCAGGUGCAACGCGCGCGCUCGGAAGCCGCGCAGUUCAAGUACCAAUACGGCUACAACAUCCCGCCUGCGCAGCUCGCCAAGCGCAUGGCCAACAUCAACCAGGUGUACACACAGCGCGCGGCCAUGCGCCCGCUCGGCAUCUCCAUGAUCCUUGUCGGCAUCGACGAAGACCCGGCACUCGGCCCGCAGAUCUUCAAGAUCGACCCAGCAGGCUACUUUACUGGCUUCCGCGCAACCGCAUCGGGGACCAAGCAGACAGAGGCGACCAAUUUCUUCGAAAAGCAAUUCAAGAGGAGCAACACCAACACAGCCGGUAGCGCAUUAGGCGCCGUCGGUGGGGCUGGAGCCUGCGUAAGCGAAGGCGCCACGAGCGCUGCCGCAUCCGCCGCUGCAUCCUCCGCACCAGAUGCCGCAGCGAUGGAAGCGGAGGAGAUCUCGCGCAGCUUGAGCAGACAGGCCGUCCUCGAGCUCGCCGUGCAGACGCUCUCCACGGUGCUUGCGCAGGAUCUCAAGGCAAGCGAGAUCGAGAUCGGCAUCGUCAGCAGCGAGGAGUUUGGAGACCGGUACAAGGGCGAACAUGUUGGCAGGUUCAAGACGCUUGAGGAGGAAGAGAUCAACGCCAUCCUCGAUUCGCUCGCAAAUCGGGAUUGACGCGGGCAUUCAUCAUCACGAAGCACGUGGAGAGAACAGGGGCGAUCAUGUAAUGACAUUUGAAUCGUAAAGUUCU